AUGGAUUUAGACAACCUUUUGUUGAAGUUAGGCAUAUGUAUCAACAUAAUGCAAUACUAUGGCAACUCUAAUGAAUGUAAGAAGAUGAUGUCUCUGGUGUCGAAGGGAACUAAUAAAUUCUACGGAAAAAAUUCAAAAGCCUUAAAAAGAGGGUUCAGAAAAAUAUUGACUCUUGAGUAUGGUUUUGGUAAAGAAACUGAACAAUUCUUGGAAGAAGAAAUCUCAGGAAUUUUAGGAGAUGCAAGCAGAAAGGGACCCAGGUAUUCUGCCUAUAAUCUAGAAGUUAUUAUUAGAUGCAAUGAGGAGCUGUUCAGACUCAGAAGAUUUGUGGAGGAAGUAACUAAUCCGAGACUUUUGUGCUUUAAUAAGAUCAUAAUCCCAGUGACAAUCUCCAAACAUUCCUGCAACCCCAUCGAAUUCUACCCUCCUACAUCCGAAGUCCCCUCCCUCCCCAUCAUCAGAGAGCUCUACCACACCUUAUUCUCUACAGACAUCGACACUAGCUGCAUAAAGUUCACUACCUGGUACAGGACUUCCAGGUCCUCAGGUUACCAUCCCCCUUAUCCUUAUCCUAACAUGAUCUCUCCCCCACUAUCGAACGGCUACGUGGCCCCCUUCUCCCACUACUUUAAGACAGCAAAGCUAGAAAUCCAUGAUGAAGAAGACUUAGAGACCUUCAGAGAUAUUGACUUUGACGUUGAAGAGCUUAUCCUUGACGGAAGAUUAUUUAUGGCCCUAUUUGAAUUUGGAAAUGUGUAUUAUACUUCACAGAAUUUGAGGAGUAGGACUCAAGCUUUGACUGUGAAGUUAAAGGGAAUUGGUGGGUUGUUUGGUGUCCUAGAAGCCUGGACUGAUCCUAAAGAUAUUCAAGGUGAAGAAGCUAAUAAUAUCCUGACAAAGGAAGGAUGAGAAAUAAUGUUCGGAAAUCUCAAGAAAUUCACCUUUCAAAAGCAUCUUGAAUCUCAGGAGGUGAGUUUUGUUGAUAAAGUGAGAAAUAACAGCUCUCUCAUUUUUUCCAGCCUAACUCAGAGUGAUAUAAACUUCUGUAUGAUUGAGAAUGAACAAUUAACCAAGGAUGAAGGAGAAGAUAACCCAAUAGAGGUUUACUGCUACUCUCCUUCAAGUAAAUCCUAUCAUUCCUUCAGAGUUAGUAAAGUAGAAAUUAAUGGUGCGCCUUUAAGAGUCUAUCCGACUUCCAACUAUAUUCAGGUAGAUUACAUCAAAUGCAACUUUUAUGACAUACAUCAAAAUAACAAGAUAGACAUUACUUCAUUUGAAGAUUUUGUGACUAGCAUUACUAUAAACCCACUCGUCAAGACCGGCUUCGAAGAUGAUGAACAUGGAUACAGAAACCUGGCAGAGACAUAUGAAGAGUUAGAAAGAACUGUGUUCAUUAAGUGUGACUCCAUCUCCCUCGUAUCAGGAUGUAAAGCUAUGUGAACUCUUGCUGAUGAAGCAUAUUAUGUCUAUUGUGAUCAUUCUAAGGAAAAUAACUUUCACACUAGAGUACAGAAGUUCGAAUUUACAGGAAAAGAAUUCUUCGAAAUGAAUGAGUUCGACCAAGAAGACUUUGUUGAGAGAUUAAAGCCGCUAUCCUUCCCUUCAGGACUUACUUUCACAUCUCUUUCUCACCCAGCCUCCUUCAUGCAGCUGCUAUCCUGACUGAAACUGCCGAUCACAGACCUCACCCUGACUUUAGCAGAUGACGAAAUGCCUUCAGACAGCUUCUCUAAGCAAAGACUUAGAAAACUCUUGCUCAACAAAGAGCUUGAAAACUUUAAGCUGAACAAGUUGUGUGGCAUUCAAUUGAAGGAAGUUGGCAGGAUUAGUCCUAUAAAAAGAGGUUUAGGAGUUGGAGAGAGUAGUAAUUUGGCAAAAGAAGGAGUUCAGAAAAUGGUAGAUUCCUUCUUGAAUGACUCUUUUGAAGGAGAUAACUAAUUCCCUCGUAUCUAAUAAUUUGAAGUCCAAUCCAAAGGACAC